AUGUCUCAGCCCGCUUCCGAUGCCGCAGCUUGGCCGCUGGCCGAUCCUGCCCUGACCCAGGAGAUUCUGGAUCUUCUCCAAACAGCCACGCAUUAUCGCCAGGCCAAGAAAGGUGCCAACGAAGUCACCAAGGCCGUGAACCGAGGCGUUUGCGAGCUGGCCGUUCUCGCCGCCGACACCAGCCCCCUGGCGAUCAUCCUCCACCUCCCCCUUCUCGCCGAGGACAAGAACGUGCCGUACGUCUACGUGCCCAGCAAGGUGCAGCUCGGCAGGGCCUGCGGUGUCAGCCGGUCCGUCAUCGCCGCCAGCAUCAACGCGAACGAGGGCAGCAGCCUGGCGGGGCAGAUCAAGGCGCUCAGGGACAAGGUCGAGAGACUUGCCAUCUAA